AUGUGGAAAUAUCCACAAGGGGUAGUGCUGGCCAACCUUGAACCUGCAACGCCCGUGGGCGUCGCCAUCUUGGCGUCUGCCCCCCGCCAAGGCCCCCCGGGCAAGCCAGCUCCCGCCCCGGCCGCUUCGGUGCCACCAGUUGGUACCAUGGUAUUCAUUCUACUCCUUCUGUCCGCCCCCCUCUACUUCCUCGGCGGGCGCUGCUCCCCCGCCCGCCAACCUGCCGACCAGGCACCGCCGCGGCCGCGGCAAGAAACCUAA